GCUCUCCUGCGACUUCCCCUGCGCCCAUUACUAUCUCUCUAUCUACAUCCUUCCCCUCAUCGUCAAGUAUAUCACUGCUCUUGUGGUAUCUGUCUACCUCUUGACUUCCACUCCCAUUUGCGUCGAUCCCCUCGUCACACCCAUCCCAUCCCCCUUGCUCCCCGUCAGCUGUCGCAUGGUCUACGUGGGUCGUGAACCGCGCGCAUCAUCUCGUCAUGUCUACCGCAUUGCCUUAUUUGCAGAAACUGCGCAAGCCGCAACUCACGGAAUGGGCGGAGUUCACCGAUCUUAACGAGUAUGAGGACUUCACCAAACCCGAGCUCGCUGCCGCUCUAGACAGCCAUCUUCAGAAGAAUCGCUCCAUCUUCCACUCGGACACGCGACUGUCAGACUACUACAGGCGUCUGGCGCAAUCUCCGCGCACUGCCGCACGCGUCGCCUCGCCCGCCAAGCGAGGUCUCAAGGUUGAGGAGACCCCUUCUGCUGAUGAAGCUCCCAAAUCCGUGCGCCGACGGCCAGCGGCCGCGGCCGCGGCCACGCCCACGCCCAAGCCCACGCCCAAGCCCAAGCUGGAGCGCACCCCGUCGCCGGAUUCCGAUGUGCCUGAGACACCCGCACAGCCCUUGUUGAGCGUGCAGCCGCCCGCUGUGCCGUCGCUCUCCGCAGCGCUGCCACCGUCGCCGGCUGUGGUUACCGACGCGAUUGAUCGUCAGACAGCCGUGUGGGGCAAGGCCAUUAGCGACACCUGGUCCGGGUCCGGAGUACAAGAGCGCGCCGAUUCGCUCCGCUCGAACCUGAGCAGCGUCAAGGCCGUCAGCGUGCUGCUCUUCUCUCUAGAAGCGCUCAGCCUCUCUCGGAUCCUCUUCCCGCUGCGUUUCGUGACCACGGCCAGCCUGCACUCGAUCGGUGUGCCUUUCGCGCUCUCGCUCAAGGUCCCCGACGUCUUCGUGCUGGUUGAGAGUUCGUUCUGGGCGCCGUUCUCCCUGUGGCUGCUCACCAAUCUGCUCCUCCCCCUGACGGUCGCGUACUUCUUCAACCUCAGCCUGCAGAGCACGCGGCCCAGCAGCCCGACGCGUCGGAGUCGGCCCACCCACGCCAGCUUCGAUCCUCUGAGCUUCCACAUCGCCAAGGCUCUGCUCACGUAUCUCGUGUUUGGGAGCGGGUUCACCUUCUGGGACGUCUACGCGCCCUACACGGUCGAGAUGGUGGACAAGGCCAUCCUGGGCCACUGGACUGGGACGCUCACCGGCUCGACGAUCGGCGUGAUUGCGACUCUGUAUGAGGCCAUUCUCCAGAAGUGAUUUCUGUACAUGUGUAAAUGUGACCUGGUGGCGGAGCCGCUUCAAUCAGUGCUAUGUUGUGUUUGGAUACGUUGUUUUGCAAAGAGAGGGAACAGAGCACAGAACAACUGGACCUCAGGAAAUUGGCGGGGCCUCUGGAUAGGUGUUUGUUUCUGGUGCUUUAUUUUGGGUUGUCUGGUGCUUAUCUUUUGCUGUGUAGUUAUGUCUUCUUUCUUUCUUUCUGUCUUUUCAGGUCCAUGAAGGCGUAAUCAGCGAGGGAUCGGUGAUACUUUGCGUUCUUGUUGAUUGUCGUGAUUGAUUGGAUUCACAAUUCUAUUGUGGUUUGAUUGCAAUGGCAAUGGCAAUGGCAAUGGCGAAGGGAUGGCGCUUGGUUUAGUAACUGUUUAGUCGGUUAGGAAUGAAUUUAUUGUCUGAUAG